AUGGCCUCAGCUAAUACAGCAUCGCAAACAGGCGAAUCGUCUGUGGCCUCCUUGGGCAACAAGAUUCCUAAACUCGAGCCUCGCCGCCGUCGUCCCGGCCCCUCCAACCCGACUCCUCGCCCCGAGACACCUGCGCUGCCUUCGCCACCUGAUCUCCGUAAUCAUAUAUACAAGACCCCUUCGAGAAGAAUACUAUCCCAGAAGGAUCACGAGCUGUUUCUCUCGUCGCCUACCUACAGCUUGGUUCUUGCCUUCGUCUUCCAUCUCUCCGAAUCCGUCCAAGACACACCCCGCUCUGCCGUCAAAGACAGCGAAAUUAGUCCCGCACUCCAGUCAAUUCUGCGAAUGCUAGAUGAAGCCGAAUCACUUGCCGAAGCGUCUCCACCCGACGAUCAAGGCGGCUCGCGUUUUGGAAACAAGGCGUUCCGAACAUUCCUGGACUUGGUGAAGGAGAAGGCCACCGCAUGGCAGAGUCAGUUAGGUGUCAGCGAGGCGGCAAAUGACGAGGUGGCGGUCUACUUGGAGCAUUCUUUUGGAAACAGGAUGCGGAUAGACUACGGCUCUGGACACGAGCUCAACUUUGUCAUGUGGCUGCUGUGCCUCUACCAGCUCCGAAUCAUCGCCAAAGACGACUUUCGGCCCCUAGUGCUCAAGGUCUUCGAGCGGUACUUGAAACUCAUGCGGAAUAUCCAGCUGACAUAUUAUCUGGAGCCCGCAGGCUCUCAUGGCGUCUGGGGUUUGGACGAUUACCAGUUUCUCCCAUUCUUGUUCGGUGCCUCGCAACUCCUGCACCACCCCUUCAUCACGCCAUUGGCGAUCCAUCAGGAUCUCACGUUGGAAGAAUUCAGUCAUGAUUUCUUAUACCUCGGCCAGGUCAACUUCGUCAGCGAAACGAAGACGGUCAAGGGCCUGCGUUGGCACAGUCCCAUGUUGGACGAUAUUUCUGCGGCCAAGUCGUGGACCAAAGUGGAAGGCGGCAUGCGCCGCAUGUUCGUCGCCGAGGUUCUAAAGAAACUUCCUGUUAUGCAACAUUUUCUUUUCGGCUCGCUCGUGCCGGCGACGGAAGGUAUGAGUACGGAGCAAGACUUUGAAUCGGAUGACGAUCAACAGGAGGAGGAAAGGGGCGAGAUCACGCCGGGGAACGUUGGCAAGCACAAGCAUCAGCAUGUGGGCUGGGGUGAUUGCUGCGGCAUCAAGGUCCCGAGCAGUGUUGCUGCGGCGCAGGAAAUGAAGAAAAGGGGAGCCCAUGAUGCUCUUCGCAGAAUACCAUUUGAUUAG